CUGGGGGGGAGGGGAGGGUGCGCCGGCCGCCCAGGCCCCUCCCCUCUUCCUGAACUCUCUUUGGGAUACACGUGGGCUAGGGGUCUGUACCGCGCUAGCCUGCGGGAGCUUUGGCGAAUCUUCGCGUAAGACUGGCAAAAUUAGCGAUGGCUUUGGACUGCGUCACCAGCUCCAGUCCAGUUCUGAGCUGGUUGUUCUUUGAGGUCGCGGUGGAUUCGUCGGUUGAAAGCUCUCCCGAAAAAGAAUGGGAAAGACGGGCUUUUGGCUCUUCCUUCGUGUCGCGGCUAGGCCCCUUACGCCGGGGUUGUUGUGUAUUGUAGGAGACGGCAAAACAGAGCAGAAAGGCGGAGAUAAAAAGAGAGGUGUGAAAAGACCUCGGGAAGAUCAUGGCCGUGGAUAUUUUGAGUACAUUGAAGAGAACAAGUAUAGCAGAGCCAAAUCCCCCCAGCCACCUGUUGAAGAGGAAGAUGAGCACUUCGAUGACACAGUGGUUUGUCUUGAUACUUAUAAUUGUGAUCUACAUUUUAAAAUAUCAAGAGACCGCCUCAGUGCUUCUUCCCUUACUAUGGAGAGCUUUGCUUUUCUUUGGGCUGGAGGAAGGGCAUCUUACGGUGUGUCAAAAGGCAAAGUCUGUUUUGAGAUGAAGGUUACAGAGAAGAUCCCAGUAAGGCAUUUAUAUACAAAAGAUAUUGACAUACAUGAAGUUCGGAUUGGCUGGUCACUGACCACAAGUGGAAUGUUGCUUGGUGAAGAAGAAUUUUCCUAUGGGUAUUCUCUUAAAGGAAUAAAAACCUGCAACUGUGAGACUGAAGAUUAUGGAGAGAAAUUUGAUGAAAACGAUGUGAUUACGUGUUUUGCUAACUUUGAAAGUGAUGAAGUAGAACUCUCCUAUGCAAAGAAUGGGCAAGAUCUUGGUGUUGCCUUCAAAAUCAGUAAGGAAAUUCUUGCUGGAAGGCCACUCUUCCCGCACGUUCUCUGCCACAACUGUGCAGUUGAGUUUAAUUUUGGUCAGAAGGAAAAGCCAUAUUUUCCAAUACCGGAAGAUUACACUUUUAUCCAGAAUGUCCCCUUAGAGGAUCGAGUUAGAGGACCAAAGGGGCCUGAAGAGAAGAAAGAUUGUGAAGUGGUGAUGAUGAUUGGCUUGCCCGGGGCUGGGAAGACCACCUGGGUUACUAAACAUGCGGCAGAAAAUCCUGGUAAAUACAACAUUCUCGGAACAAACACCAUAAUGGAUAAAAUGAUGGUGGCGGGCUUUAAGAAGCAGAUGGCCGAUACCGGCAAGCUGAACACGCUGCUGCAGAGGGCCCCGCAGUGUCUCGGGAAGUUCAUUGAGAUCGCUGCCCGCAAGAAGCGGCAUUUCAUUCUGGAUCAGACCAACGUGUCUGCUGCUGCCCAGAGGAGAAAAAUGUGCCUGUUUGCAGGCUUCCAACGGAAAGCUGUUGUAGUUUGCCCAAAAGAUGAAGACUAUAAGCAGAGAACACAGAAGAAAGCUGAAGUAGAGGGGAAAGACCUACCAGAGCACGCAGUCCUCAAGAUGAAAGGAAACUUCACGCUGCCAGAGGUGGCCGAGUGCUUCGAUGAAAUCACUUAUGUUGAGCUGCAGAAGGAAGAGGCCCAGAAACUUUUGGAGCAAUAUAAGGAAGAAAGCAAAAAGGCUCUCCCGCCAGAAAAGAAGCAGAACACUGGCUCCAAGAAGAGCAAUAAAAAUAAGAGUGGCAAGAACCAGUUCAACAGGGGCGGUGGCCAUAGAGGACGUGGCGGGUUCAACAUGCGCGGCGGAAAUUUCAGAGGGGGAGCUCCUGGGAACCGCGGCGGCUACAGCAGGAGGGGCGGCGUGCCGCAGCGGGGUGGCGGCGGUGGCGGCGGCAGCGGUGGCAUCGGAUACCCGUACCCGCGCGGCCCCGUGUUCCCUGGCCGCGGUGGCUACUCCGGCAGGGGCGGCUACGGCAGGGGCGGCGUGCCAAGCAGAGGGAGCUACAACCAGAACUUCAGAGGACGAGGAAACAAUCGUGGCUACAAAAACCAAUCUCAGGGCUACAACCAGUGGCAGCAGGGUCAAUUCUGGGGUCAGAAGCCAUGGAGUCAGCAUUAUCACCAAGGAUAUUAUUGAAUACCCAAAUAAAACGAACUGAUACAUAUUUCUCCAAAACCUUCACAAGAAGUCGACUGUUUUCUUUAGUAGGCUAACUUUUUAAACAUUCCACAAGAGGAAGUGCCUGCGGGUUCCUUUUUUAGAAGCUUUGUGGGUUGAUUUUUUUUCUUUUCUUUUUUGUACAUUUUUAAUUGCAGUUUUAAAGUGAAUCGUAAGAGAACCUCAGCAUUGUGCACGAUAAGAGAAUGUGUCAGUAUUUCAGGGUUCUACAUUUUAUCUGUAAAAUGUGACUUUUUUUUUUUAUCACAACAAAAGUAAAAUGUUGCUUUGUACCUGGUGUCUUUUAUUAAGAAUUUACUCCCCCCAUUUCUCACAGAGAUAACAGUCGGGAGUCAUUGUCACAAUAUAGUAGAAAUGUUAGCAACCAGAUUCAUGGGAGGACCGCGCAGUCCUCGGGACUCGCCUGAGACUCUGUACUGCCCCUAGGACACUCCAUCCUCUCGGGAGCGCCGCCUGGCGCGGGGUGGGGGGGCUUGCACCAUAGUUCCUGACCGUAACUGGGUGGCCGUUUUUCUUUUUUCUUUGAAAUAACAACGGAAUUGGCACAAUUGGGAACGAAGAUAAAACUUGGAACCAAGAGAGAGAAGAUGGAGUGUACGUAGAAGGGCUGUUCACAAUGUAAAACUUUGGUUGCAUUAUUUGUGGAGGCUCAAACUUGUGAAGGUUAAAUACCAUAAUUUUUCCAUUUGUUCUGCAUUUUGAUUCUGAAAAGAAAGCUGGCUUUGCCCAUUUCUUAUUAAAAAAACUUGUUGUAAAUCCAGUUGUCUAAUGGGAUCUAUAUGAAGUUAGCUCUGUCUGUAUGCCCUUCUCCCACGAAAUACUGUAUCUCUAGUGUGCUUGUAGUGCCCUACUCCACCGCCUUUGUAAGCUAAUGAAAUUGUGAGUCACCCAUUUAUAUCUUAAUUUUUAAUCAUGUCAGUUCUUGAAUGGGUAUCUCCUUAGACUGCUGAUUUCUUUUUCUUUCUAAAGAAAGUGGGUGGAGAAAUUAAUUUAGACGUUUGUUUGCAAUAAAAAGAAUUCAUUUUACUCUCGUUUUGGGAUUCUCGCCAUCAAGGUUUAAAAUCCCUUUAUAAAACUCCCAAGAGGAGGAAAUUUAAGUGUGCGCUCUCUGGACAGCUUAUUCUGUACUCUGUACUUCAAACAUUUAGGUUUUAAAAACUUAAAUGUAUACUGACAAUUGACUAAUUACGAAGUAAAGUUGAAUCCUUCCUUCCCCUCCCCCCCAGACGACUUAACAUUUAACGAGGGGAAAAGGUGCACUGGCUGGGAGAAGUUAACGCUGUUUACCAUCUUUACUACGAAAUGCUAACGGCUGUCCUCAAGUGAAUAUCUUAAUACGCAUAUAUCUGAUACGUGAGACUCUGGGAACCGAUGCUUUUAGAAGCCAUCAUGCAAGCCAGUCCUUGAUUUCACGACCACACAACACUGCUAACUUAACUGUACUAUGUGACCGCAUUAGAUCCCCUAAUCGUAAUUCUAUUGGGUUUGCACAGAACACUUAAUCUUCUAAAGGACCCUCACUGAUGUGAAGUGAGGAAUCAGGAGUCAAACUGUAGAACUAAAAACUUGACUUCAGUCUAGCUUUUGGUUGGCGUUUUAGGUUGCUUCGGGUAAGUUGAGGUUCAUCUGUUACUUCCGUUGGCUUCGACUUUUGUUUUCAGCCCUCUUCAACCAGAUUUUUCACCUCUUCAUACUCGGAGGCAUUCUGCUGCCAGCUGAGUGGGAGUGGAGAUUUAGAUGGUGGUGUAGGUUUAGGUUGAUACAUUUUGGGAAUGGAGGCUAAUCCUGGAAUUAGUAGAGAAUACUUAAAAGGACAAAGCGGCUUCAGGGGUUUUGGGUUUUUUUGGCAGUUAGCUUAGUGCUAGCAUCUACUGGCAUUAACUGUAUUCUUUCCGUACAUGUUACCAUUACUAGGAUUGUGUAAACCUACCCAGGGGAAAAAGAGGUUUCCACUUUGUUGCUCAUCAGUGUUCUAGGUACUGCGGAACAAUCUUGGAUCUCCCUUCUAGUUUAAGACUGCUUACCGAGGAAUUGAUCCUCUAAUUGUAAUGGGGGGUGGGGGUGUAAGGGCCAAAUAAUACUGUUUAGUGGCCCAGAAAAGUUUGGGAAGACCAGUGGAAAAGAAAAACACUGUCCAGGAAGGUGUUAAAAUUCCCAGCAGCAAUCUCAAGAUGAGAAUUAAAUAGCCUGGAAAGGAACAACCUUUGUGUUUAGGGGAUUUGGAAGAGGGGAUGGUAGGGAAUAGCAAAGCAUAGGGAGAACAAAGAAGAAAUCCCACGUGGCAGAGUAAGAUGUGUAAGGAGCAACUUGAGCACCGUUUGCCCCGACUCUAGCCCGUCUCUCCGUGGCAAGCAGAACCCAAUAAACGAAAGAGCUAGUUGGGAACCAAUGUCUCAACCCAACCGUGUUGAGACUGCUGUGGUUUUAUGUGGUGUUUUCCCUAGAAAGUUCCCGUACGUGGUUCUGUCCUGAGUGAGGCAUUGGGUCAGACUUAGUCAGGAAAGACAUACAUCACUGCGAGAUAGGAAUAGUUCCUAUCUGGUAGAGCAUUUGCUUUGUUGCUGGUAGGCUCUAUCUUGUCACUCCUGUCUGGCCUUUGGCGGAGCGCUCUGGCUUGGACCUAGGAGGCCGGGACUAACUUGUGGCCCCUCGUGGCCAGACCGUAAAAUGAAAUCUUAGAAUGAGGCACAAGUGAAGUCAAUCUGACAAAAGGAAGCCUUAUUAAAUCCACAGAACCAGAAGCUCACACUUGCCCAGGAUAGAUUCUGUCCGAACAUAAGGACCAUGUCCUGAGCACUAACAACAAGGUAUUCAAGCUUCCUAAAGACCACUUGCUUUGAAAAAGCACCUAAAACUUUUCCAGGAAAAGUAAUCCUGAAGUACAUUUCCACCUUCUGGAGAAUUUACAUUCAUGGACAUACUGUGUUCUGUACUUAAUACUUGGCAUCAGUUGUGGGAGUUGAAUGACAUCUUAUUCUGUAAGCUUAAUAUAAAUUGACUUCUUGUCCUAGGACUAUUUGCAUAAUAGGUCCAGUUGCACAAAUAAAUAUUCCCAUAGCUUUUGAAGCUUGGGAUAGACUGUAGUCACAUGCGGAGAACUGAUUCUAUAGGAGUAUAUCUGGUACUUUCUUAAAAAACCGAAACCAGAAUAAGCUACUCAGGCAUAAACUGGGCUUCUACAGCCCAUGUCUUAGUUCCUGGUAUCAGACAUCAAUGUACAUCUUAAAAACUUUUUAACGUUUCCCUUUGUACACGUAAGUAUAAAAUAUUUUUAUAGUGGGUGGAUAUAGCAGAAUAAUUCACCCCCCCCCAGAAUAUUCUUGAAAUACUCUGGAAAGAGGAGUUCAAUAUUCUUUCUAAAGCCGUGUUUACCUAUAAUAUUUAAAAUGGUUCGAGUCCGAACUCUUGCCAGCCAUGUUUCUGGGCUCUGAGAAACCAUCCAGGAAUGGUAGAGAGCAAGGAUGGGGAGCUGUAGGGCCUUGGCACCAGAGAACGACGGUUACGCACAGGCAGACGUUAAAGGGGACACUACAUUAGUACUUGGACUAACCCAGCUUUAGCUCGCCAGUUUGAGUUUAUUAGUCACAUUAAACCAGCCUCUUUGAAUUUGAAUGGUUAAUUGCCUAAAGGUAACCUAAAACCGUAAUGCCCUUCUGCUAGGUGGAGCCUUUUGUCUGGAUUUAGGUUUGAAUUUUCUCGGCCCUUCUUCAUCCUCUAUAGUAAAGCACGCGGGUCGUAUGUGUAGCCAGGUUAGUGGUUGGGUUUUUAUUGACGUCACUCUGAUGCCAGUGUAUUUUACCCUGGUGUCAGUACUGCAGGUGCAUGUUAGACAAAUUCUAAAACUCCUUUUUGCAGCUAACUCAUGUUGAAGCGAGUGACCUUAAGUCUUAGGCUUUUUUUUUUAAAUGAACUUUGUUAUCUAAGGUAAACUCUUCAGAAUUAUUACAGAAGUAAUCUAAAAGUGUGCUGAUUGAUACAGUAUAUAUCCCUUGAGUGCGUUGGCGUAGAUAAAAAGAAAAACCAGGACCCCCAAGUAUCGUAAUAUUCCAAAGUUUAAAUUCUGUAUAUGUGAUAUUGAAGAGUUGAAAUAACCUACCUUAAUAGCUAAUGAUUGUCUUGCUAAAAACAUACACUACUUUAUUUGGUUAUGUUUGGCUGAUUGCAACACGCAUGCGGCUGGCGCCCCCAAAGGAGCACUUCAGAUAGGUGGGAGAUGGCCAGGAAUGCACGUAUAGUGAGGGACAUACACGGUCACGUCCUAACCAGCUGACUUAAAAUAACAGGUGAUUGAGGACAUCUAAUUGGUUUGUCCAAGGAACUUCGUCUAUGAGGGUCAGUAGAUUUUAACUACCAUAUUCAUCAUGUUAACCAGUAUCAUUUAAAUACUUUUAUAAAUCACCUGUGUAUUUUGUGAAGUUAGGUUAUUCUGUCAUGUGGAAAGCUGAAGAACUACAGGUUUUUGGCAUCACGGAGCUCCUGGGGCAUGGGAUUGGGAGUGUAGAGCAGUUACAUUUGUAGGGGAACCAAUACAGAGAGCCGAUAAGCUUGCACACCAACAAUCACUGCUUGGUUAGGGAGUUAUUGGGACAAGGACCUUAACUGUGUGUUUUAAGUUUGUACUUACUUUAUUAUUGCCCAGGAAUAUUACAGUUUUUUUCUCCCUUUUCAUGCCAGGAUUCAACAUACACUUGCAUCUUGACAAGGAACAGGGGUUUUGCUUUUAAACAAAGCUGGAUGUGUGGGUAUGAGAAACAAUAUUCCAUAGUCGAAAAAACGAUGAGGUAAAAACAGCCUAGGUAAAUAGAGAACAUGUCUUUUGGGGAAGAUUCAUCACUUCCGCAUUGGCCGCACUGUUAACAAUUGCAUUGCUGUCCCAGCGUUCUCCGGUGCGUGGCUGCCCCAUCUGCAUGGGCCAGAGAGCUCACCUAAUGAAUAAACACGGAGCUGUUGAUGGCAUGCUUUUCUCUGCCAUUCCUUUAACAGUCCAUGAGCUCACAGGAAUCACCUUAGUGCAGUGAAAUAAUCUGCAGUAGCCAAGCGCCUGAGAAGCAUACUCAACAAAUUAGGGUCAGCAAAAAAAUUAAAAGGCCAAGAACAGCAAGAUGGGACGGAAGCGCUUUGAGGUAUUAAGGCAUCCAGAGAGGUGAGGGAAAAUCAGAACUUUAGAAGAAUGAGUGGGUUUUAUUAAAAUGACAACUAACGAUACAUUUUUUAGGUAGCUCUUAAUAGAAGGUAUCUUUACAUUUCCGUUGUCUAGUUGAAGGGAGUGGGAGCGUCAUGGUCAGAUACAACGAAAGGUUCCAGCUUAAUAUAUCUAUUUGUUUAAGAAAUAAUAAAGCAAAAAAAAUUGCUGAUUGAAAUUUCAUCUCCUUUUCCUUAGUCUUUCCAUGUGAAUGUGCUGUGUGGAAGAGUAAGAGGGCCCAACUAAUGUGUUCCAGUGAUUCCAAUAGGUAUUCCGGAUUCAUUGCUGCUCGUACAUUUCAUACUUGUUCUAUUGGGCUUCCAGGAUCAUCUUGGUUAGAACUCCUUUACUUCAAACUAGGGGAUGGGGAGACCUUGGUAACCCUGAUUGGCUAGAUUCUAGAAACUGGAAAACCAGAUUUUCUCCUGUCCUUCACAUCCCCAAAGUGUGACCUAUUGGGGAGUCCUCACAUAGGUUUAAGACGUGUAUGCAAACAGAGCCGAGUCCUUAAAAGGUUAGAUCCUUCGUUCAAAUUCCUUCUGUUGUAAAUUUUUUGGAAGACGUUCAUUUUCAUACACUCACUUGUAGAAUUUACCAAAAAUACUUUAAUGUAGAAAACCGUCCAGAUACCUAUGUUUUUGUUUUCCCCAGAUCUUUCUGUAUCUGUGCUUAAUGCACAAAAUGCUUUGCUCUUCGUUAGUUCAUAAACACUUUGAAAAUAGAUGGAGAUCCUUUUGGAUAAUGAGCUAGGACUCUGUAUCAAGAUGGGAGCAUCAAAUCAACUAGGAAGUAAAGUUAAAUUGUGCAAACAAGGAAUAAACAGUGCGAGCUCUCUGGGGGUGCCGGCCCAGUGCGUGUAAUUUCUCAUUGCCUUGAAGUCCUUUAAAGGCUUGAUAAGAAGCUUAUAGGGAAUAUAUUGAGUUGAAAUGUAGCUCAAUGAAAUAGAGCCUCCACUGUGUUCCCUAAAAAUCUAAUGGCUCCUGAAAGAGCAGACUGCUUGCUCUGUUUCAGACUAAAAAGUAAAAAUCUGAUUUUGUUCACUGGAGGAAGAAAAUCAUUAUAGCAAGAAAAACAUUUGUUUCAGAAAUAAGCUUUGAAUUCAAAUAGCAAAGCAUUGCUUUCUUAGGACUUGGCCUCACAGUCCAAAGGGAAGAAACCUUUCUGUGGAAACUGCUCCAUUAAAAAACUAGUCUAUACAGGUGGUUUAGUUGGUUUUCUAAGGGGAGGCCAAACAGUAGGUUAUUAUAGCACAUGGAACUUAACGGAAGUUCUUCCUAGGAAAGUGGAACAGGUACUGUUGGUUGUUUAAACAAACAAACAAACAAAAAAACCCAGAAGGCUGGUUUUGUCAAAAUAGAAAUGCUUGGGAAACAUCUUUAUUCUAGCAAAUGAGUAAGGCAAGCGUAGUUGUUGAAGACUCCUACUUGCUACAGUCUAGUGCUCACGGUUCAAGCUCCAACAUGUAAUACCUUGAGAAAGACCUUUGUAAUAAGCUUUGUCUCUAAAGCUUCCAAUUUUAAGAGAAAAAAGAUGGACCUUCCUGCCUAAAACUGGCCGUGGGAGACGCCAGCAUCUGGGUGGUAGUGGAUAUUGGUAUAUCAUGUUGUCCCGAGUGGAUGGUCACUGGGCCGUAUUUUAAGAUGCUUCCAAAAACUAUUCUCGAGGACCAUUAAAAAUCAGAAUUCUAGCACUUGCUUUAUUUUUUCUACGCAUUAAGACUUUGUUUACCCAAACUGUAGUACGUAUAUUAACGUGACUUUUAAAGGGGUGCCUUGACCCCCAUCCACUACAGAUUUUUAUCUAGGAAUAGAAGGAUUCAAACCCCAUUUGAUCCCUAGCUCUUUGCUGAAAAGUGCGUAAACAGGAGUCCUGAAUUUAUUAUGUAGACCUCCUCGCAUUAUGUAAUCGAAGCAAAGGGAAGCCAGCGAUGGAGUAUAGAGGUACGUAGACUAAAAAGAUGCUUGCAAACCAAAUAAUGGUACUAGGAAUAGUUAAAGUUUUUUGUUGACAAACUUGGUCAUUAUAAAUCACAAGUCCAGAGAAAAGCUUCUAGUUAAUUUUCAAUUCCCUGAGGUCCUUUUAACUGUGAUGGAAAAACUAAGUAGUCGAGGGAGGGGUGAGGGAAGGGGGGAAAUGCAUAGAGCAACUAGAAAGACUUAACUAAGCAUUAGAGAUAAGUCCCAAAACGUUUUUAAAACUACUAAUAACCACAAUUCUAUUUCAAUCAGCUAUUUAGCUGGUAUCUACUGCUAGAUCACCUAGUGUGAAGUUUUGGAAUUAAUGGAACAGUGAAAGCUGCAGUGCACCUGGAGGCCCCCCUCAGGCACGGAAGGAACUCUGCUGUGAAAACGAAUGAACCUUGUUAUUCGUGAAGGUCUUGGAAAUGGUGUGCCCGCUGAGAGGUUUCUUACUCAGGGUAAGACGGAAUCAUAGAAUGGGAGAGUGAGGGGAUUUAGGUAACGCAAUCCCAUUGCCCCCGCCUGUAAACUGAAGCUGAAAACGGGAGUGGCCGCGUGCUAAGGUCAGGUUUGACGGGUGCUCCUGGGUGCCCCCCACUCCUGCAGAUACAGUGCUCCCUCUUAUAAUGUGAGGGACUGAUCACUUUGAAUUACAUAGACUGGAUUCAGUGUUGACUUGUGUCUGUAGUGGACAGACAGAAACCGCAUUUUCCUUUUAACAACCUUUCCUAAUUAGCAUUCAUGUCCUGCAUUUAUGUGGUGGCCACGAGAGGAUGGAAUAUCCUUAGGAUGUGAGCUGGAUGGUGGCAUCUGGCAAACCACGCAGCCUGUGCGCCCUGCCCCUUGGGGGACGGCCACAGGGAAGGCAGGUAUGGGGGGGGAUGUUCUCGCUCGUGUACUGAACCAACCAUGCGCUCCCCACUUACUUAUGAGAAGUGGGACACAACAGAAUAAAGUUUCAGGGUGUCUUUGCUCUGUUUCUCUAGCUCACCAUGAUAAUCAAGUUCUAGGACCACUAAUACCAGAAUCCUGUCUGCUGGUCUGUUUUCCUAUUUAUCGUUUCUUAACCAGGAAGCACCCCUCGCUUGUAUUCUCUUACUCAAAAGAUUUUCUUGAAAAGUCAUGUUGAUAUUCUAUUGCUUUGAAAAGGGCGUUUUUUUUCUGAAUGAAUAAAUGCUGUGUACUUGG